AAGAAUAAUUUCACAACACACAAACAAACCAGGACUGUGCUGCUGCCGGGCGAGGAAGGGUGUCUGCAAACAAGAGCUGUGUGCGUGACCCCCAGGGCUGUGCUGGAUCAUGUUUGCCUGUCGUUUGCCCUGGUGGAGAUCCAGUGUCACCUGCAAGUCGUGGCAAUCAGGUCACUUUGUGCCUUGGGGCAGCUGCCAAAUGCUGACUGUUAAAGGAGUCAACACGACUGUGGGGCAGGAGCAACAGGCCGGCAUGAAGGAAAAACAAAUGUUAGAAGAUUCGGAAAUGCACCUCACAAGGAGAGACGCAGAGGCCCUCUUCCAAGAGCAGCCUAAGACUGGGAACCCGUACUUGGAAGACACUUUGCUUCAGAGUUACUUGAAAACACACCUUCCUCUCAAGGUCCUGGAGGAGAUGCAUCAGAACCUGGAGAGGUUUGGAAAGCGGCUGCUGAACGAGAUCCAGCCUCUGGGCUGGGAAUGUGAGCUGAACCCCCCCGUGUUCCGGCAGUUCGACGCCUGGGGGCGGCGCGUGGAUCACAUCCACACCUGCUUGGCGUGGAGGAGGAUGAAGGAGAUUUCAGCGGAAGAAGGGCUGAUUGCUGAGGCCUAUGAGAGAAGAUACACCCACUGGAGCCGCCUGUACCAGGCUGUCAAACUGUACUUGUUCUCAAGCUCCUCUGGAGGUUUCAGCUGUCCACUGGCCAUGACUGAUGGGGCAGCCAAAGUCAUUGAGUCACUGGGGAUUCCUGGGUCUCUGAAAAAUGCCUUUAACCGUCUGACAUCCCGUGACCCUGAGAUGUUCUGGACCUCUGGCCAGUGGAUGACGGAGCGAAGGGGUGGCUCCGAUGUCGCAAAUGGCACUGAGACCGUGGCCAGGAAGCAGCCGGAUGGCUCCUAUCGUCUGUAUGGGUUUAAGUGGUUCACAUCAGCAGCUGAUUCUGACAUGGCACUGACCCUGGCCAGGAUAGCAGAUGCUGAAGGACAGUGUACCCAGGGCUCCAGAGGCCUGUCCUUGUUCUUCCUGAGGGUUCGGGAUGAGCAGGGGAAGCUGAACAACAUCCAGGUGCAAAGGCUGAAGGACAAGCUGGGCACGAGGCAGAUGGCAACAGCAGAGCUGUGGCUGCAAGGAGCCAGAGCAGAGCUGAUCUCUGCAGAGGGCCGGGGAGUGGCUGCCAUCUCCAACAUGCUGAACAUCACUCGGAUCCACAACGUCAUUGGGGCAGUGGCUGCCAUGAGAAGGAUGAUCAGUCUGAGCAGGGACUACGCCUGCAAGCGCGUGGCCUUCGGGAAGCUGCUCAAGAACCAUCCCCUGCACGUGCAGACAAUGGCCCGGAUGGAGGUGCAGGUGAGAGGGGCGUUCCUGCUGCUCAUGGACAUCGUUCGCCUGCUGGGCCUGACUGAAACCAACCUGGCCAGUGAGCAGGAGCAGCUGCUGCUGAGGCUGCUCAUCCCAGUGGCCAAGCUGUACACAGGGAAGCAGGCUUCUGCCGUGGCUAUUGAGGCAAUGGAGAGUUUUGGGGGCCAGGGUUACAUGGAGGACACAGGCUUGCCAGUCAUACUCCGGGAUGCUCUGGUGCUGUCCAUAUGGGAGGGAACCACCAAUGUCCUGUCCCUGGAUGUGCUGCGGUCCCUGGCCAAGAGCCAAGGGCAGGUGAUGGCUGUGUUCCUGUCCACAGUGAAGAAAAAGCUGGAGCUGGCUUCAGGCAUUAAGGAGCUGUCCCCAGCGGCACAGAGGGCACAGGAAGCCAUCGGGAGCCUCCAGCAGUUCAUGACAAACAUGGGCAUAGGGCGGGCACUGAGCAUGGAGCUGGCAGCCAGGGACUUCUCCUACAGCCUGGCACGGAUCUACACAGGAGCUCUCCUCAUGGAACACGCGGCUCGGCCCGGCGCUUCCCCCACAGACACCUGCGCUGCCCUGAGGUGGUGCCACCAGGAGCUGUGCCCGGUGGCCGCGGAGUCAGCGAGGGGCAGCUACGGGGACAAGGCCGUGGUGCAGGACAGCACCCUGGUGUUCGGGAGCAGCCGGCUCUGAGCACCGACACCAGUGCUGACCACAGACUUCCACCCCGGGGUGGGGUUUGCUCCAGGGGCAGCCUUUCCACCCACUGUGGCUGGGAACGUUGACCUCCUCAGGAACUGCAGCUUUCUGAAGAUAAAAGGGAUUUUUAUUCUCUCUGGCCUCCAGAAAGUUGAUUAAUUCCCUAUGCACGUGUCCUAAUGAUGCUGCAAUCCAUCCUGACAUAAAUUCUACAUAAGUUUUGGACUGAAAUCCAGUAAUUCUCCACCUAAGCACUGGCUGUGGGCCUCUCCUUCCCCUCAGCCCAUCAGUCGACCUGCUUGGUACUGCCCUGCUGGCUACAAGUUUUUAAUUAAGAAGUUGCUAAUAGAAGAAGAAAGGCACUAAUAGACUGAAGACAGCUGGAAUUUAUGGCUGGGAAAUGCUGCAGCAGCCAGACACUGAGUGGGAAGAGGGGGAAGGAGCUGUGUGUGAGAUUGGAGUCAUCCAGAGUUUCAGAGAUGGCAGAGCCAGGAGGACACAAAGGGAGGCCCUGGGGAGGAGCAGAGUGGAGCAAUCCCAACAGCAGGGGAGGCUCCAUGGGCUCCCUGUGUCCUGGCACUGGGAUCACAGCCUGAGCCAGGCACAGCUUCCCUGAAACCCCCCAAAUGCCAUGAACCAGCAGCAAAGGGCUUCUGUUGUCUGUGCAUUGCAGGGAAUAAAGAACAUUUGGGUUUGGAGAAUCUCCUACAUCAUGGAAUCAUGGAAUUAUGGAAUGGUUUGGGUGGGAAGGGACCUUAGAGCCCACCCAGUGCCACCCCUGCCAUGGCAGGGACACCUCCCACUGUCCCAGGCUGCUCCAGCCCCAAUGUCCAGCCUGGCCUUGGGCACUGCCAGGGAUCCAGGAUGGGCACCCUGUGCCAGGGCCUGCCCACCCUGCCAGGGAACAAUUCCCCAUUCCCAAUAUCCCAUCCAUUCUGCCCUCUGGCACUGGGAGCCAUUCCCUGUGUGCUGGCACCAGGACUCUGUCCCUGCACUUGGGUGCCAGAGAUGCCACAGGGUCGGUGCCAGGAGCUGCUGUGCCCCGGGAGCUCAGGGAGCAGGGCAGGCUCGGAGUGAGCACAGCAGCACAUCCAGCCCCAGAUGUGCCCCUGGCUCCAACAAACAGCAGGAUGUGGAUGUGGCCCAGCAGGGAAAGGCCACGGGCUGGGAGUGUUUGCAGGGCUGAUCAGCACCUGGGAUCCCCUGCUCUCCCUCAGGGCUCAUCUCCAACUGCUGCCAGUCCAGGGUUCCCCUUUCCCAGCCUAUUUUACAUUUCUGAACACCAGGAUUAAUUUUUCCUCAUACAUGAGCUGUAAUUUGCCUAAAAUAAGCCCCUCGAACUGGGAGCUCAGAGAACAAGGGACUAUGAACUCAUCACUGUGUAGGAAAAUGAUAGAUUUAUUGAGAUCUAAAUAUUCACUCUGAGGCUGCAGAGGAAUAAAGGCUGUUACACACGAGGGUCUGACACUUCCAGUGCUGCUGAACAGCUCUGUCCUCAGAGCUUGGCAUGGUUUCAAAUACUUCAUGUGCUUCAAGUAAUUGAGACUUCAGAUGUCAUUUUAAUAUAAAUCCCACCCAAAAAGAGGACAAUCAAACCCAUCACCUGCUGCCACUGCAAGCUCUGAAAAUCAUUUUGUGACAGCACGACGGGAAAUUAGUUUAAAACCCAGAUUUGUUAAAUAAUAAAGUCAAACUUUAGGGGCGUUUAUAAAAUAUC